CUACUGUUACUACUACCAGUCUUUCACCCAACUUUUCCCCUGCCUCUUCUCUGAUCCCUUCCCUUUUCCUCCAUCUAUCUCUCUCACAUAGAGGGAAGAAAAGAAAAGAAAAAAGAAUAGUCCCCACAAAUCUCACACCAUUAACUCCAUUUUCCUUCCAUUUCUUUCUCUCUCCCUCCCCCGACACCUGCAAAAAAACACAAUGCUUGCCUCUUUCUUCUGUUCCUGCUGCUGCUUCUCCUUCUUCUCCUGGUUGUCGUUUUUGCCAUGUGAAUCGCUUCACAUUCCUAGCCGUAGGAUCCUCCAUCAACCUUUCUUGCCAUUAAAUUCUAUCCCUCCAUCUGAACCACCUUCUUCUCAUCCUCAUCCUCCUUCUCCUCCCACUCCCAAAUAUCCUUUCUCUUCUUCCUCUUCUAACCCCCCCGAUUCUCCUUUUUUCCCGUCCUUCCCUUCCGCUCCCCCUCCUCCCUCUCCUUCCACUUUCGCUUCUUUCCCUGCCAACAUUUCCUCCCUUAUCCUCCCUCACACUUCCGCUCCCAAGCAUAAUUCCCAGAAACUCCUCAUCCUCGCUAUCGCCGCCGUUAUUUCCGCCUCCUUUGUCGCCGGCAUUCUUGUCUUUUUCUACUGCCGGCGCCGUCGCCUGAAACGCAAUUUCCUUGACGAUAACAAGACCUUAACAUCGGACAACAGCAGCAGAUUAUACCCCAAUAACAAUAACAACCCCAACAACAAUGUUGAUGCUCGUAAGCUGAGAAGAGCUUCCACGACCAGUUCCGAAUUCCUUUAUUUGGGCACUUUGGUAAAUUCACAAGGCGGAAUCGAUGAUGGUUCCAAUAAUUCACCAGGCAAUUCUCCGUUUGAUCCGAGAAAAAUGGACUCCCCGGAGCUCCAGCCGUUACCGCCUCUGUCUCGACAGAACACUGAUCGGAACUUUCGAGACGUUGAAGUGGAGUUGGUUACAGAAGAAGAAGAGGAGUUUUAUUCGCCGAGAGGAUCGUUGGGCGGUCCAGAUAGUUUGAGUGGAACCGGAUCCGGUUCUAGAAGAGUAUAUGCGGCGAUUGCUGUUAAAAGCAUUGAGUCUAGCAGUACUUGUUCGCGUUCAUCUUCGAGUUUGGGUUCACCCGCCAGGUCUCAGUCCGUUAGUAUUUCUCCCCCGGUUAGUUUGAGUCCGGGAAGAUCCGACCCGAAUUCUCCAGAACUCGUGCAAGUUCAACCUUCUUUGUCUCCAGAGAGGAUUUUAGUUGAAUCACCUAGAGUUUCGAAUGCCUCCAAUGGAAAUGUACGGUCUCCCUCGCUGUCUUUAACUUCUACAUCGCCAGAUAGAGUUCUUAUAAAAGAACCAGAUGAUCGAAGCGUGCAAUCUCCUUCAUUGUCUCCGAUGUUGGUCGAGAACCCAGGUUCAUCUAUUGUUCCCAAUCAAAAUAUGGGGUCACCUUCGAUGUCUUCGGCUACUACUUCGCCAAAUAGAGCGUUGAUAGAAAAGCUAGAUGCAUCGAUUAGAAAUUUCAAGGAUUUGGUUCAAAAUAUGAGGACUCCUUUGAUUUCAGCUCCAGCUGCUACUUGUUCACCACCUAAAGAAUCUCCAAUUAAUGAUCUGGAUCGAAACGAGACGAUGUCUCCGUCAGUUUGUUCAGCUUCUACUUCACAUGACAGAAACGAGGUAAACAAUCCGAAUGAAUUUCCAAGAAUGCUUAAUGAUAUGGAUCGAAUUGUCAGCUCUCCUUCACUGUCAGCGGCCUCUACAUCCCCGGACAGAGCUUUGAUUGUGAAUGAGCAGUCUCCUUUACUAUCAUCCGCUUCACUAUCACCAGACGGAGCUUUCCAGAAAAGCCCAGAUAUGUCUCCAUUGAUGGUUGCUGUUUGGCAUUAUAAUAGGGAUUCUUCUUUGUCAUCUUCAGCUUGUUCAUCACCAGGAAGAGAUGUGGAGAAAAGUCCUGACGCAUCUCCCUUAAGAAUUGGUAGGGCUUUAGAGAGGCCUAUGUUGACUCCACCGCCGCCUCCGCCGCCUCCGCCACCUCCAAAGCAACGACGGCUCUGGGAAAAAUUAGUUCCAUCAGUAUCUUCUGCACAACAGAUAUCCAAGCCGCCUCCUCUUAUGCCCCCUUCGAUGCCGUUUAUGAUACAAACCCCAAUAACGAUUUCUCCAGUCGAGUUGCCAACGAGGUCUGAGCCUGAAGCGGUGGAGGAGGUGGAGGUGGAGGAGGAGGCUUCGAAACCCAAGUUAAAGCCGUUGCAUUGGGAUAAAGUACGAGCCAGCUCUGAUCGCGAAAUGGUGUGGGAUCACCUCAGAUCAAGCUCAUUUAAGUUGAAUGAGGAGAUGAUUGAAACACUAUUCGUCGUAAACACUUCAAAUUCUAAACCGAGGCAAAUAACUCCACAACCUGUUCUUCCAUCACCAAACCACGAGAAUAGAGUGCUGGAUCCCAAAAAGGCACAGAACAUUUCAAUUUUGUUAAGGGCACUCAAUGUGACUGUCGAGGAAGUUUGUGAAGCCCUUUUAGAAGGUAAUGCAGAUACACUUGGCACUGAACUUCUUGAAAGUUUAUUGAAAAUGGCUCCAACAAAAGAAGAGGAACGUAAGCUGAAGGAGUACAAAGAUGAUUCACCAGUCAAGCUUGGUCCUGCUGAGAAAUUUUUGAAAGCAGUUGUUGACAUACCGUUUGCAUUUAAACGGGUGGACGCAAUGCUGUACAUAGCCAACUUCGAGUCUGAAGUUGAAUACCUUAAAAGGUCUUUCGAAACUCUAGAGGCUGCUUGCGAGGAAUUGAGAAACAGUAGGAUGUUUUUGAAGCUUCUAGAGGCUGUACUCAAGACUGGGAACCGCAUGAAUGUCGGGACAAACCGUGGUGAUGCCCAUGCCUUUAAACUUGAUACACUCCUUAAGCUUGUAGAUGUCAAGGGUGCGGAUGGGAAGACCACACUCUUACAUUUUGUAGUACAAGAAAUCAUACGAACUGAAGGUGCUCGUCUUUCAAAUACUAAUCAAACUCCAAGCUCAUCCUUAAACGAAGAUGCUCGGUGUAGGAAGCUUGGUUUACAAGUUGUUUCUGGUCUCAGUUCAGAACUCAGCGACGUGAAGAAAGCUGCUGCAAUGGAUUCUGAGGUACUUAUUAGUGAUGUCUCUAAGCUUUCCAGAGGCCUUGAAAACAUCAGCGAGGUUCUAAGAUUAAAUGAGUCAAUGGGGUCGGAUAAGAGCAGAGAGAAAUUUUCAGAAUCAAUGAACAGGUUUAUGAAAAUGGCCGAGGAGGAAAUUAUAAGGAUUCAAGCCCAUGAAAGUGUGGCACUAACUCUAGUGAAGGAGAUUACAGAAUACUUCCAUGGGAACUCAGCAAAGGAAGAAGCCCACCCAUUUAGAAUCUUUAUGGUGGUGAGGGAUUUCCUUACAGUUGUUGAUCGGGUCUGCAAGGAAGUUGGCAUGAUAAAUGAACGAACUAUUGUUAGUUCUGCCCAUAAAUUUCCAGUUCCAGUGAAUCCAAUGAUGCAACAGGUUUUUCCAGUUCCCGUGAAUCCAAUGCUGCCGCAAGCUUUUCCUGGAUUUCAGGGGAGGCCGCAGUAUGGUUCUGAUGAUGAGACUGCAUCGCCUUAGUUGUUUGCAGCAUGUUACAGGUCAAAAACUUAAGGUAGAAGCUGCCAAAAUUGGGUGGUUUUGGGGUUUGGCGCUUGUAUGGCCGGUCCAGCAAGGUCUUUGUAAUUUAUUUAUUUAUUUUUCUUAUUUUUGUAUCUAUAUAAAUCCAUGUACAAUAUUUUGGGAAGGGUUUUGUUUUAUAUAUAUAAUAUACGAGAGGAGAUUUCUUGGGAAACAACUAAGGCAGUCUGCUGAAUUUGUUGGACGUCUUAGGGAAAAAAUCA